AAGUUGGCCUCCACUUCCGCCAUCUUGAAAACUCUCUAUACGCUUCAAACAAAUAAAUUAAUUAUUUGAAAAACUAUUAACGGCCCCACCCUCGUGAACUAGAACGGAUGCGUGUGAUUUUUUCCAUAAUUCCGGGCUUAUUUACCCUGAAAUAAAACCGGGAUAGUUCAGUAGGUAAUAGUGGCGUUCAGUGAAAAUAAGCAGGCAAACAGUUUACCGGUUAAACCAUGGAUGAUUAUAAUAAUCUGUUGUUAAAAACAGGCGAUAUGCUGAUGUUAAUAUCAAUAGCCCUCCUAAGUCUUACUGUACUCAUUUACGCUUACUUGAAGCUAACAGACUUACAGGAAAUAUGCUUAAUGCACAUCUUAUGCGGCCGCAUAUCCGAAUUCGCUUUAAUACAAAUUCUAUUCAACUUUAACAUCGUAUCGGAUCAGGACCUUAAAUGUCGAUUGUGUGGUAUUAUGAUCUACUUCAGUUCGAUUUACGUGUACUGGUGGUUGCUGAUUUUAACGUUCCACAUUUGGACAAAAACCUCUGAAUCAGAUAUCACGUUUAAAAGGCUCACUUGGUGCCAAUUAUAUCACCUAAUAGGUACUUUGGGGCCGUUGUUCUGCUUGACUGUGGCACUGGUAGCAGAGUACCACCCCUCAGAGAUUUUUGAUGAAUUUCGCCCUAGUUUUAUUGAAUUCUGUUGGUUCAGUGGUAAAAAAACUUGUGAAGUAACAAGCUGUUUAAAUGGCGUUAAAAUUAUUGCAGGGAAAAAGGAGGCUUGGAUAUUCUUUUAUGGUCCUGUGGUCAUCAUUUUGUGCGCAAUUUUGGUGCUUUCCAUAUGCAUAAUUAGGAACCUUUCAAAGAAACCGAAUCGACCCUUAAAGUCCAGGGCCUGCAUGGGUGCCAAACUGAAUGCAAUCAUGGGUUUACUUUGGUUCAUGGGACAGAUACAGUACAAAUAUUAUGAGUUUUUCGAGCGUUCCGAGGUUUUAAAGGUUUUAUUUAUAGACAUCCCGCACAUAUUGAACAUGCUUCAAGGAUGGCUCGCGUUUCUGAUCCUGGUGGUGUACAGAGUUCGCAUCAGAAAAUUGUUGGCUCAGAAAACGUUCUGUUGUUACCUGCAUUUUCCAAGAUCAUGGACCGCCUUAGUUGACAAGGAAAUGGAGGGUGAAACUGAACCGGCCUCCUCAUAUCAACCAACUUGAGCACCUUUUCUAGUUUUUUGCCUUUAAUGAUUAAAUAGCUUGAAUAAGAAUAAGGCUUUUUCGUGACGUCAUACCUCCCAAGGUGUUUCACUACGACUAUCGAUACCGAUACGUCUCUACUCAAAAAAAAUCCGAUCGAAGCAACGUUGCCACAUUCUCGUAUUUCUGCAUUAAAUUUCGACACUUCUCAAAUAAAUACUCUAUAUAGACAUAAUACAAAAAAUAUUAAUAAAAACCAAAAUCCACAAAUAAAGCGGAGUAACAAGACUAACUGGAUAAC